AAAAGGGCUCUGACACUACCGUAUACAAAGACCUCAACACUGCUGACCAUGAUCAACCCAGCCUGGAGCAUUUUCCUCAUCGGGACUAAAAUUGGGCUGUUCCUUCAGGUGGCACCUCUAUCAGUUAUGGCUAAAUCCUGCCCAUCUGUGUGCCGCUCUGAUGCAGGUUUCAUUUACUGUAAUGAUCGCUUUCUGACAUCCAUUCCAGCAGGAAUACCAGAGGAUGCUACAACUCUAUACCUUCAGAAAAACCAAAUCAAUAACGCUGGAAUUCCUUCAGAUUUGAAAAACUUGCUAAAAGCACAAAGAAUAUACCUAUACCACAACAGUUUAGAUGAAUUUCCUACCAACCUACCAAAGUAUGUAGAGUUACAUUUGCAGGAAAAUAACAUAAGGACUAUCACUUAUGAUUCUCUUUCCAAAAUUCCCUACCUGGAAGAACUGCACUUAGAUGAUAAUUCGGUCUCUGCUGUUAGCAUUGAAGAGGGGGCAUUCCGAGACAGCAACUAUCUUCCUUUCCUGUCCCGUAGUCACCUUAGCACAAUCCCCUGGGGUUUGCCCAGGACUAUAGAAGAACUACGCUUGGAUGAUAACCGCAUAUCCACUAUUUCAUCCCCAUCUCUUCAACGUCUCACUAGCCUAAAAUGCCUGGUUUUGGGUGGAAAUCUAUUGAACAACCAUGGUUUAGGUGAUAAAGUUUUUUUCAACCUAGUCAACUUAACAGAACUGUCCCUGGUAUGGAAUUCCCUGACUGCUGCACCAGUAAACCUAGGCACAAACCAGAGGAAGCUUUAUCUUCAAGAUAACCACAUCAAUUGGGUGCCCCCAAAUGCUUUUUCUUAUCUAAGGCAGCUGUAUCUACUUGAUAAGUCCAAUAACAACCUAAGUAAUUUACCUCAGGGUAUCUUUGAUGAUUUGGACCAUAUAAUCCAACUGAUUCUUUGCAACAAUCCCUGGUAUUGUGGGUGCAAGAUGAAAUGGGUCCGUGACUCGUUGCAAUCACUACCUAUGAAGGUCAAUGUGCGUGGGCUUAUGUGCCAAGCCCCCAAAAAAGUUCUAUUUGAUUGUAAGGACAGUGCAGUUGUAAGCACCAUUCAGAUAACCACUGCAAUACCCAAUAUGGUAUAUCCUGCUCAAGGACAGUGGCCAGCUCCAGUGACCAAACAACCAGACAUCAAGAAUCCUAAGCUCACUAAAGAUCAGCAAACCACAGGGAGUCCAGCAAGAAAAACAAUUAUAAUUACUGUGAAAUCUGUCACCUCCGACACAAUUCAUAUCUCUUGGAAACUUGUCCUACCUAUGACUGCUUUAAGACUCAGCUGGCUCAAACUGGGCCAUAGCCCAGCAUCUGGAUCUAAAACAGAAACAAUCAUAACAGAACGUAAUGAAUACUUGGUCACAGCCCUAGAGCCUGAUUCGCCCUAUCCAGUCUGCAUGGUUCCCAUGGAAACCAGUAACCUCUACCUAUUUGAUGACACCUAUGUUUGUAUUGAGACUGAAACGGUACCCCUUCGAAUGUACAACCCUACAACCACCCUUAAUAGAGAGCAAGAGAAAGAACCUUACAAAAAUCCCAAUUUACCAUUGGCUGCCAUCAUUGGUGGGGCUGUGGCCCUGGUGAUCAUUGACCCUCUUGCUUUAGUUUGCUGGUAUGUUCAUAGGAAUGGAUCACUCUUCUCAAGGAACUGUGAGUACAGCAAAGGGAGGAGAAGGAAGGAUGACUAUGUGGAAGCUGGCACUAAGAAGGACAACUCCAUCCUGGAAAUCAGGGAGACUUCUUUUCAGAUGUUACCAAUAAGCAAUGAACCAUUCUCAAAGGAGGAACUUAUAAUACACACCAUAGUUCCUCCUAAUGGAAUGAAUCUUUAUAAAAACAAUCACAGUGAAAGCAGCAGUAACCAAAGCUACAGAGACAGUGGUAUUCCAGACUCAGAUCACUUGCACUCAUGA